CACAGUGAGUGACCCAAGCAGUAGACAGUUACGGUUCAAUUGCGAAAGAUCAUAUUUUUGAUAUCUGCAAGGUUAAGUACACAUCGUUAGUUCAAUUGAAGAACGGUUUCGUAUUAAAAAAGUUUCCAAUAUCACCAUGCUCGUAAUACUGUUCACCUGCGUUCUAAUAUUUUCGUUCAUCGGUUGGGUACUGCAGGAGCUUCGUAGGCCACCAAAUUUUCCACCAGGACCACAGUGGCUUCCAUUGAUUGGUAACACGCCGUUUGUACGGAAAUUGGCUCGAUCCAGCGGAGGACAACAUUUGGCAUUCGAAGCCCUCUCGAAGCAGUACAACAGCCCAGUUAUAGGGCUCAAGCUUGGCGGGGAGCUGGUUGUCGUGGCUUUGCAGUAUCCCGCCGUGCUGGAAGCGCACAGCAAUGAAGUGUUCGAUGGUCGACCUGACAAUUUCUUCGUCCGGCUAAGGGCUAUGGGUACCAGGUUGGGUAUGACCUUUACAGACGGGCCGUUUUGGACAGAACACAGAAACUUCAUCGAACGGCAUCUGCGUCAAGCCGGGUAUGGUAAACAAACCAUGCAAAUGCACGUACAAAACGAACUGGUUGAGUUGAUCGAUAUUAUCAAAGACCUGAAAGGAAAACCUAUUUGGCCUGGAAGUAUUUUACCAACCAGUGUAAUCAACGUGCUUUGGACGUUUACAACAGGAUCUAGAAUUCCAAGAGAUGACGAACGUCUCAUCAGGUUGCUAAAAUUACUUCAUGAUAGAUCGAAGGCGUUUGAUAUGUCCGGUGGUAUACUGAGCCAACUUCCAUGGCUUCGUUAUAUAGCCCCAGAUUGGACAGGAUACAAUAUAAUUAAGCGGUUUAAUCGAGAGCUGCGGGAAUUUUUUAUGCCAUCUAUUAGGAAGCAUCAUCAGGAGUAUAGUGACGAUAAAUGUUCGAAUGAUUUGAUCUACGCGUUUAUCAAAGAAAUGGAACAUCGGAAAGAUGAUCCCUGCUCUACAUUCACUGAUCUUCAGCUAAUCAUGAUUAUUCUCGAUAUAUUUAUUGCUGGUUCCCAUACCACUAGCGCCACCGUUGAUAUUGCUUUUAUGAUUUUAUCAAUGAGAGCUGAUAUGCAAAAUAAAAUUCUUUCGGAAAUUGAUAGCAACUUACGUCAUGAUGAAAUAUAUCAGCAAAAAUAUCGAACGCAGCUACCGUACACAGAAGCUUUCCUACUCGAAACAAUGAGAUUACAUCAAAUCGCUCCACUUGGGGGUCCCAGGAGGGCAUUAUCGGACUGCACACUGGGAGGCUAUCGAGUACCGAAAAACACCACAAUCAUGAUGAGCUUACGGACCGUCCAUAUGGAUCAGGAGCAUUGGGGUGACCCGGAAAAUUUCAGACCCGAACGUUUCAUCGGUCCAGAUGGGAAAAUAACCAACACUGAACGGCUGAUUCCAUUUGGCCUGGGAAGGAGACGCUGUCUCGGCGAAUCGCUGGCACGAUCGUGUAUGUUUACGUUCUUUGUAGGAAUCCUUCGGGAAUUCAGGGUGUGUCCAUCGAAGAACAGCGCGGAUGCACCGACACUGAAACUGGUACCCGGAAUCACACUCUCACCGCAACCGUACAAACUGGUGUUUGAACCGAGAUCAAGAUGAAAUAAUUUUUGUUAUAAGAACAGACCAGAAAAAAACUAAAUAAAAACUAAAACGCGAAGGAUGAAAGGCAUGCUGCAAAAAUCUCAUCAAGUUUUAUUCCGUGACAGCGCAUGCAAAUGUACAUCUUGCAUAUUAUCGAAUGUAUACUUAUUUUCGUCAA